GUACUGACUCCUACUACUACUCUACUACUAGUUAGCAGCCAUGAUCCAUCCCAACGAAUAACACCGUUCUGUCCUCCAGUUGAUCAAUUUACUAAUCACCUCAUCAGUUAGCCCACAAAAUUAAUUAAUUGACUGACUAAUCACCAUCAUUUAGCUCACUUAAUUACUAGUAAUUGGGAUUUAGGAUUUCCCCCAAAGCCCACAACUCCAGAGCAAGGUAGGCAGCAAAGUGAGCCAAGCCCAACCCCCGAAGCAUCCAACGCGAGAGGCGGCGAGAUGCUGUCGUCUUCCACCUCCACCCACUGCCUCCACCAGCCGCCGCCGCCGCCGGCGAGCCACCAAUUCCGGUCGGCCGCCGCGUUCCGCCGCCCUCCGUCUCCGGCGGCGGCGCCCCUCCGCGCGCGGCCGCAGCGCGGGGGCGGCACCACCAUCCGCGCCAUCGACGCAGCCCAGCCGUUCGACUACGAGUCCCGCGCGGCGGGGCUCCUGGAGGAGCGGCAGCGGCUCAAGAUCGCCAUCGUCGGGUUCGGCAACUUCGGCCAGUUCCUCGCCCGCACCUUCGCGCGGCAGGGCCACACGCUGCUCGCCCACUCCCGCUCCGACUACUCCUCCCUCGCCGCAUCCGUCGGCGCGUCCUACUUCCAGGACCCGCACGACCUCUGCGAGUGCCACCCGGAUGUGGUGCUCCUCGCCACCUCCAUCCUCUCCGCCGAGGCCGUCCUCCGCUCGCUCCCCGUCCACCGCCUCCGCCGCAACACCCUCUUCGUCGACGUGCUCUCCGUCAAGGAGUUCCCCAGGAACCUCCUCCUCGGCUCGCUCCCGCCGGACUUCGACGUCAUCUGCACCCACCCCAUGUUCGGCCCGGAGUCGGCGCGCGACGGCUGGGACGGCCUCCCCUUCGUGUUCGACAAGGUCCGCGUCGGCGACUGCCCCGCGCGCCGCGCCCGCGCCGAGGCCUUCCUCAACAUCUUCGAGCGGGAGGGGUGCCGCAUGGUGGAGAUGACCUGCGCCGAGCACGACGCGCACGCCGCCGAGACGCAGUUCCUCACCCACACCGUCGGCCGGAUGCUCGCCAUGCUGGAGCUCCGGUCCACGCCGAUCAACACCAAGGGGUACGAGACGCUGCUCCGCCUCGUCGACAACACCUGCAGCGACAGCUUCGACCUCUACAAUGGCCUCUUCAUGUACAACAAGAACUCCACCGAGCUGCUCAAUCGCCUCGAAUGGGCCAUGGAUUCCGUCAAGAAGAAGCUCUUCGAUGGCCUCCACGACGUGCUCCGGAAGCAGCUCUUCGAGGGCUCGCCGCACGCUCCCAACAACACCCCCGUCAGGAAGUAGCCGCAUCAUCGUCUUCCUCCUCCGCGCUCCAAGCCACCAUGGCUCCAUAUGGUACUGUAUCAUGAAAUGCUCUGUUACUCAACUUAAGUUCUUGAUGCUCAUACUUGCAUUGCAAUGUGCAAAUCUGCAUCUGUAUUAUUCUUUACAGGGUUCUUUGAACCCUUUGUUCCUUGCCUUGUUAGUUGUGCUUCAUUCCAAGUAAUUUCCUCUUGGGAAGAAAAAGAUAUCUUGGAAUUAUGAUUAUAUGAGGAUGAAGAAAUAAACUUUGGCAUUGUCAUGAA